UGUCAUGUCCUAACGAUUUUAAUCCUUUUUUUUUCCUUGUUCAGCUGUGGUUUAAAGGUUUUAAUCCAUGUCUUGAAAUGGUGCUGGAUUCUUAGUUCUGCUGUCUUAUUCUGUCCUGAGAAAAAUCUUAGAUUUAAAAAGGGAGCCGUUUCAAUUCAUAAAAUAAUAUUAAGAACAAAAAUGAGUGUAAUUCGUUUAAAUACGAGUCUCUGCCAAAAGUUAAGAGGCUGCAGAUAUUUUUCAAAUCUUUCUCGACAGGAAGAAGAGUAUACGUCGGCACCAAACUAUCCACCCAUUCAAGAUCUUACUUUUCAAAAAAGGAAAGAACGAACUAAAGACAAAUUGUAUGAUGAAAUUAAAGCUGUGAAAACAGUAGAAGAAAAACAAAUUAAACUAAAUAUGCCCAAAUAUUAUGGUUUUCAGAGCUACAUGUUACUUGAAAAUAAAUGUGACUAUAACAACUUACCAAUGACACAACAUGUUACUAGAACACAUCUCAUUGUUAAUAAAGAUUUACCAGAUUACUACAAAGAUAUAAAUGUAGAUGAGCUAGCUAAAAAUCUAAAAUCGGAGGUAGAGGAUGCUCUUUCUAUAGAGAUUGAUGGUUAUCAGAGGUUACAUGAUCUUAAAAAUGAAGAAAUCAGCCAAGGAGAGAUAGAAGAUAUAAUUAGUAGUUCUUUAUGUAAACAAAUCAACAGAAUCAUUAUUAAUGAAUUGUCUUCAAAUCAACCUCACAUAAAAGAAUCACAAAUUGAUAUUGACCCUAGAAUAGAAGCAUCUUGGUAUGUAGGUGGUAUAAUUCCACCAGAUUCGGUCAAAAAAUCAAAAGAAGGCCUAGAAUGGUUAAAAGACCGUGCUGAUGAACCGUAUGACAGAGUCAUGGUAUAUAAAGGAUGUCCUAUUCUUGCAUUGAGGUCAAAACUCCCCUUAAAGUCCAUAAUAUCACAUAGUGACGCUGAAAAUCCAGAUUUCCAUGUACCAGUGUUCAACUUUGAUCCAAGGACUGUAGGAAUUACUGUUGAAUAUAGACAUAUGACUAAUAUACCAGGAUUCUGGCCUGGUGAUGCUUAUAAAUUUGGCCUUCUCUCUCAUCAUAGACGAGGUUAUAUGCACCUCCGGAAACAUUUUGAAGAUUCUACAGAUGAUAAAGAAUCUAUUCAUCGUCAGGGAAUUUUAACAUCUUUUGGUUGGUUACUAGCUCAAGCCAAUAAUUUAGGAUUCAAUACUUUUAAUGACAUAACAUAUCCCCUUGUUACACAAACAGUUAUAACUAAUGGGAAAAAAUGGUCAUUUUACACUUAUCAGUUAAAUACUAUACUUUUCUCUGAGAGGUUCUUCAAUGAAAACCCCAAAAAAAACUUGUGUUGGGCAACUGAAGAAAUUGAUCUUUUCAGUGAGGUUAACAACGGAAAGCUAGUGGGGUUUAAUGAAGAAAUAUUAAAGAACUUACUAAAAUUUUACAUGAACCAACCUGAAACACGUUUAGGAAUCAAUCUCGCUCCUUACUUAAGUAAUGAAGAAAAAAUAUGUGCUGAUUACACUGAUGAUGAUAAAAGACUUUGGCUGGAAGAUACUUAUAAAUAUUUGAUGUCAAAUCGCCCUAGACAUCUACUGGGUUAUGAGAUAUAUGCUUGGGAAAAAAUAUAUAAAAUUGAUAAUAAGACUAGAUUUAUGGACAAAAAGUUAAGACCGUUUGAGUUAAGACAAAAUCCUUAUCAGAGAAGAUUAGAUGAAAGAGCACCUAAAUAUAUACCUAAAAAAUUCAGAGAGAAUGUUAAAAAGGUUAAGGGAGGAGCACAUAAGUUUGCAAAGGAUUAUUUUCCUUAA